AUGUUGACAUGCAUUAUUUUGUAUUCUACAGCUACAACUACUGAAAGUACGACACCAACUACAACAACAACAACAGCAGCAACAACAACUACAACUACUGAAAGUACGACACCAACUACAACAACAACAACAGCAGCAACAACAACUACAACUACUGAAAGUACGACACCAACUACAACAACAACAACAGCAGCAACAACAACAACAUCUAGUGAAAGUACAACAACAACAAAUGCAAUUAUAACUGUAACAGGAACAACAAAAACAACACAAACCACUGUUUCUGCAACAAAACCUACCACACAAACCACUGUUUCUGCAACAAAACCUACCACACAAACCACUGUUUCUGCAACAAAACCUACCACACAAACCACUGUUUCUGCAACAACACCUACCAGUCAAACUACUGUUUCUGCAAUAACAGCUACCAAACAAACCACUGUUUCUGCAACAACACCUACCAAACAAACCACUGUUUCUACAACAACACCUACCAAUGUAUGUCAUACAAAACUUUGUGGAACUCUUCUUGCAGAAUGUGUUCAGAUUGGUCAAAAGAACUACACCUGCCAGUGUCCAUUUGGAAAUUAUUAUAACAAAUUGUCAGCAACAUGUAUUUUAGGUAAGCAAUAG